CUCCCUCUGCCUCACUCCUCCCCCUCUCGCUCUCGCUCGCGCGCGCGCGCACACACAUACACACACACACACAUACACACACACACACACACACACACACACACACGCACAAACACGAACACACUAGCCAUAAAGGGGAAUUUGAAACGGUCGGAGAAGGAUUUUGAACAACUGGCUGUUCCCUUCGCAAGCAAACCCACCCUCUGCUAUCACAGAAGUGUAAUGUGCGGUGAAAUGGAAAAUACGGAAUGGAGUUUCCGGCUGUAGCCAGUUUGCCAUGCAUAGCCUCCACUGUUCAUUUCUCUUUUUUUCGAAAUGGGCAACUUGAAACCGUCUGUGCUGAAUAACAUUCGCUGUUCCAACUCCCUCCCUCCUCUCGCUGGAUCCCGGAAGUGCCUCGACAGCUACACUCUGCAAGAGACUGCAAGAACUGUGAGUUUCCCAGAUGUCAGAUGACACAGACUUACCAGCUUCCAGCUGUUACCUGGAUGAGAGGACAUUCCGUCACAGCUGCAGACUCUUCCUGGAUCAUUCCCACUCCCUCAAUGAUGGAUGGGCCUGGGAGGAAGUCAAUGGGUCAGAGGCAGAAGGAUACAUGAAAAAAACUGUGAUGGUAUCCUGCCGAGUCAGUGGUGUGCCAUACCGGGGCAGCCGAAGCAAUCCGGUGGAUGCCAUUGAUGCCCUGAUGGAAGAGGAACAGCCGUGUUGUGAUCAGGACGAGGCUGUAGGCGAGCAGCAGACCGCGGUGGCCGAGGGCCAGUGUGUGGUGCGGUACGAGUACCACGUGCUCCACUCCUGCAGCUACCAGAUCCCCGUCCUCUACUUCAGGGCGUCCACGCUCGAGGGACGUUCGCUGUCAUUAGAGGAGGUGUGGAGUAAUGUCCACCCCAACUACCAACAGAGGUUACGGCAAGGUCCAUGGGACACCAUCACCCAACAGGAGCAUCCACUGCUUGGUCAGCCAUUCUUCAUGCUGCACCCGUGUCGGACGGAGGAGUUCAUGAGGCCGGCGCUGAAGACCGCACGCGCUGAACACAAGGGAGUGAACUACAUUGUGACGUGGUUGAGUGUGGUGGGACCGGUGGUGGGACUGGAUGUUCCCCUAAGCUACGCACUGGCAGUGGGCGCGCCUGCACCAAAGACUGUGGCAGCCGUAGCAACACCAGCAUCAGCAUCAGCAUCAGCACCGGUUUCAGCAGCAGCAGCAGCAGCGGCAUCAACAUCUGACCCAGACUGAAAGCGAGCCCCCGGUCUCCCGCACCAUCUGUGUAACAGCCCAGGUCCCCGCCGCCACAUGUGGCACACGUGGAUGGAGCCUCUCAGAACAAGCUGCCUGCUCGCAUCCCCGAAGAAGACGUCGACUCCACCGAACACCCCCCCCCCCCCUGCUGUGGCGUACGUAUCUGCUCGACUCUGCUCAAACUCGCUCAACCCUGCUCGUCAUCUCAAACAGAGGAAAAAGACGACUCUACUUUAAACGGCUGGAGAUGGCAUCAGCAUGUUGACAUUUUGCCACAGUGGCUAACCAUGGUGUGCUUUUAAUGCUCUUGACAUUGACUUACAAAGGCAGAUUACUGUCUGUUCUUCAAAGGGUAAUAAACAUAUUGAUUUCUCUCUCUCUCUUUCUCUCUCUUUCUCUCGCACUCUGGCUGCGAGCUGCCGUGGAGUGAGUGUUCCUCCAUUACAUGCCCAUCACUUGACAUCGGAUGGGCUCCAAAUGACAUCACUUUUCCCCCUGAAAAAAAAAAAAAAGCUCUACGUCAGUUUCCUGGUGAAGCCCAUUUCACGGCGUCUGAAGUGAACAAGCACUUCAUGUGCGAAGCAGCUCGCUGCGGCGGUGGUAGUGACGGUGUCGGCACACAGUGUGACUGACUGGUCAGAUUAGCCUUCCGACAUGCUCCCCUCCCCACAUGCAGAGAUGAGAGGCCCCUGCUCGGCUGAAUGGGAGCGGAGGCACAAUGUGUUAUUGCACGGCUUGUUUGUUUUUGUUUAUCUGUGGGUGGGUUGUUUGGGGAGAGAGAGAGAGAGAGAGAAGCUGGCAUCUUAUGUGUAGGUGACUGUGACUCACUUGAUGAUUUUUUUUUUCUGAUGGUUAUUUUGCGGGAAGGUUAGCUUUUGAUGUUGACAAUAAUGAAGGGAUGUUCUUCAGUGUUUAUGAUUGGAGUAUGAAUGUGUAGGAAGACCUAUAAAUAGCAUUCUGACUGAAGAUGAAGACUGAGGAAUGAUGAGGCAGAAUAGAACAUGCUAGAAGCCAAAUUCUGUAAACAGAUCGAAAUGAAAUGGAACAUAAAUGCCAGAAACAUAGCCAUGCAGUGAUGUUGGGGUGGGAUCAUGAUGUGUUUGGGGAGAAAGUAGGGACCUACUGUACUUCAUAAACGGUUCUCUUAAUUGAAAA